AUGCGAUCACCAUUUAUCGAGAACACACCGAAUCGCUCCGUCGUCGUCGACAUUUUCGUUGCUGCUACCGCCACCGCUUUUGCUAGUGCUUUUCGCCUCUGUCUUGCAUGCAUAUCUACUGCUACAUUAAGCACCUCCUCCUGCUCUUCCAUCCCCACCUCUCCCCCUGCUGUUGGUGCAACUACUGCACCAACAGCAGAAAAUGCACUGUGCACCCUUUUGUUACUUAGCCGGUCAUAUCUAUCUAUCUAUCUAUCUAUCUAUCUAUCUUCAUUAUAUAGUUUGUGUGACUAUCUAUCUAUCUAUCUAUCUAUCUAUCUAUCUAUCUAUAUAUCUCAGUUUCUUCAUUAUAUGCCUGUCUGCCUCAAUCCCUUGAUAUCUAUCUAUCUAUCUAUCUAUCUAUCUAUCUAUCUAUCUAUCUAUCUUCAUUAUAUACUUAGUGUGGCUAUCUAUCUAUCUAUCUAUCUCAAAUUCCUCAUUAUAUUCAUGUUUUUUAAUUAUAUAUCUGUCUGCAUCUAUCUAUCUAUUGAUAUCUAUCUAUCUAUCUAUCUAUCUAUCUAUCUAUCUAUCUAUCUCAGUUUCUUUCAUUAUAUGCCUGUCUGCCUCAAUCCCUUGAUAUCUAUCUAUCUAUUCAUCUAUCUAUCUAUCUUCAUUAUAUACUUAGUGUGGCUAUCUAUCUAUCUCAAAUUCCUCAUUAUAUUCAUGUGUGCCUCUCUGUCUAUCUAUCUAUCUAUCUAUCUAUCUAUCUAUCUAUCUAUCUAUCUAUCUCAGUUUCUUAAUUAUAUAUCUGUCUGCCUCAAUCCCUUGAUAUCUAUCUAUCUAUCUAUCUAUCUAUCUAUCUAUCUAUCUAUCUAUCUAUCUAUCUAUCUGCCUUUCUUCAUUAUAUGCCUGUGA